AUGGCCCUGGAGCUUGAGGAGCUGAGGAAACAGUUGGAAGGGGGCGUAGGGAAGAAUCGGGUUCAAAGAAGGAAGGCUUUUGACACUGAGAAGACACCGCCCCCCAAGCGUGCUGCUGCCUCCCCAACAACUGCCUCGACCAAACCAAGUGCCAGCAAAAGCAAAACUACUUCACCUGCCACUCCACCGCCCCAGUCUGAUUCAGACUCGGAAGAGGAGGGCCUGACUGAGGCUGCCAAGCAACAACGUCUCAGACGUUUGUGUGAGAGGAAACCGAGCGGCCGGCUCAAUGUCCCAGUUGAGGUGCAUGAGGCUUGGAAAUGCGGCGGGCCUCCGCGCGACGACUUGAUGAAGCUUCUUGAGGAUGCCAACUUCAAGAAGGCGCAAUUCUUGCAACGGGUGGUCAAGUCCAAGGAGAAGGUGAGCAAGAAAAGCGCUCGAACGAAGCGUGGGUGGUACACCGUGGAAGCCAUGCGGUCUGUGUUGAAAUGGUCCAAGUCCUAUGCCGCUGGAGUAGUGAAAUUUUGCGAGAAGCCGGGAAAUGAGAAGCUGAUCAAGAGGGACAAGUAUAACAAAAAGAUCAAAAAGUACUAUGUGCAAGUGGAAGAAGACGAUGAAGAUCUGAGUGAAGAAGAAGAGAGGGAGCGUCAAGAGGAUGUGCAGGCGCAAAGAAACGAUUUGCAAGGGGCCCCGCUAAACAACAUUUGCCCGCCCUGGCUCGAAGCCCAGGAUGGCAGCGAGGUCAAGUUCAACCGACUUGGCCAUCAGAAGCCUGAGAACACGGAGGAUAUCUCGAGCUCGGACGAUGAGGGUAAAAAGAAGAAGAAGAAGUGCGAACAGUUCAAUUCUGGCCAAAAGGACUGCAUGCUGUUUGAUCUUACCAACCAUCAAACAAGUUCCCACUAA